GCUGUGUGCUGGCUGGGGGAAACUGAUCGUGUGGCAGAGAUGUAGUGUAGCUCGCUGGGACUCCGUUGCCAGCCGUCUGUCACUUAUGCCGGGGAUCAUUUGUCUGACAUUACCUUGGAAUGGGAAAGACCAGAUUAUUGCACAGUUCACUUACACUGCAUGAAUGUGCCGCGUAAUGCGAAAGAGAAGAGCUGCCUUUGGGGGGAAAUAUUUAUGGUUCGGGACGGUUUUGUUGGAGUAGCUAGUUGCUAGCGCUGCUGGGCUAGCUGGGCUACUUGGACGCAUUUUUGCAAGGAUGCUACGGUGGAUUCGACAGCAGCUGGGCUUUGACCCCCCUCAUCAGAGUGAAACCAGGACAGUUUAUGUGGCAAACCGUUUCCCCCAGCAUGGCCACUACAUACCACAACGCUUUGCUGACAACAGAAUAAUUUCCUCCAAGUAUACAGUUUGGAAUUUUGUCCCAAAGAAUCUGUUUGAGCAGUUCAGAAGGAUAGCCAACUUCUACUUUCUCAUUAUCUUCCUUGUACAGUUAAUGAUAGACACCCCAACAUCCCCAGUCACCAGUGGUCUGCCUCUCUUCUUUGUGAUCACAGUAACUGCAAUAAAACAGGGCUACGAGGAUUGGCUGAGACACAAGGCGGACAACGAGGUGAAUGGGGCUCCAGUUUUUGUGGUUCGCAGUGGAAGUCUGGUCCAGACAAGAUCCAAGAACAUCAGGGUGGGGGACAUUGUUCGUGUGGCUAAAGAUGAGACCUUCCCAGUUGACCUGGUGUUGCUGUCGUCAGAUCGUGCAGAGGGCACCUGUCACAUAACCACAGCCAGCCUUGAUGGAGAGACCAACCUUAAGACUCACUACUCUGUGGCGGAGACCGCAGUGUGUCAGUCUGUGUCCCAACUGGAGGCUCUGCAUGCUGUGGUGGAGUGUCAACAGCCAGAAGCUGACCUGUACAGGUUUGUCGGUCGGAUUACAGUGACUCAGCAUGGAGAGGAGAUAGUCAGACCGUUGGGUCCAGAGAAUUUGCUACUGCGUGGAGCCAGGUUGAAAAAUACCAAAGAGAUUUAUGGUGUGGCGGUUUACACAGGGAUGGAGUCCAAGAUGGCCCUCAACUAUAAGUGCAAGUCCCAAAAGCGCUCUGCAGUAGAGAAGUCCAUGAAUACCUUUCUAAUCAUCUACCUGGGCAUCUUGCUGUUUGAGGCCAUCCUCAGCACCAUCCUGAAGUACGCCUGGCAGGCUGAGGACAAAUGGGGCGAGCCUUUCUACAACCAAAAGACAGAACAAGAGAGAAACAGCAGUCCGAUCUUGAAGUUCAUCUCAGACUUCUUGGCAUUUCUGGUCCUCUAUAAUUUCAUCAUCCCCAUCUCGCUGUACGUUACUGUGGAGAUGCAGAAGUUCCUGGGGUCCUUUUUUAUAGGCUGGGAUUUGGACCUUUACCAUGAGGAGAGUGACCAGAAAGCUCAGGUCAACACUUCUGACCUCAAUGAGGAGCUGGGACAGGUGGAGUAUGUGUUUACAGAUAAGACGGGUACGCUAACAGAAAAUGAGAUGCACUUCCGUGAGUGCUCAAUUAAUGGAAUCAAGUACCGGGAAGUUAACGGCAAACUGGUACCAGAGGGAAUGACUGACGAUUCACCAGAUGGUUCUACGCCUCACCUGAUCGGUGAUGAAUUGUUAUUUCUCAAGGCAGUGUCAUUGUGUCACACGGUUCAAAUCAGCUACGACCAGCCAGACUGCCUGGGUGGGGGAGGAGACCCAUUCUCCCAGGCAAAUGGUUUCUCUUCCAAUCACAUGGAAUACUACGCCUCAUCACCGGAUGAGAAAUCUUUAGUAGAGGCAACAAAGAGGAUCGGAGUGGCCUUCAGUGGCACCAGUGGAGACACCAUGGAGAUCAAAAUAUUUGGAAAGUCAGAGAGAUAUAAACUGCUCCAUGUAUUAGAGUUUGAUGCUAACCGCAGGAGGAUGAGCGUCAUACUACAGACCCCCACAGGAGGCAAUGUGCUGUUCACCAAGGGCGCCGAGUCGGCCAUUUUACCUUUCGCUACCAGUGGUGAGAUAGAAAAGACAAGAUUGCACGUUGACGAGUUUGCCUUGAAAGGUUUGCGGACCUUGGUGGUAGCAUGUCGCCACUUCAGCCCAGAGGAGUACAUUGAUGUGGACAGGCGUCUGAACGCUGCGCGUACCGCGCUGCAGCAGAGGGAGGAGAGACUGCAGGAGGCCUUUAGCUACAUCGAGACAGACCUGCAGCUGCUGGGAGCAACGGGGGUUGAGGACAAACUCCAAGACAAAGUCCAGGAGACCAUUGAGGCUCUGCGGCUGGCAGGGAUCAAAGUAUGGGUGCUGACAGGGGACAAACAUGAGACGGCAGUCAGCGUCAGCCUGUCCUGUGGCCACUUCCACAGAACCAUGAACAUCCUGGAGCUUCUGCAACAGCGUUCUGAUAACGAGUGUGCUGAGCAGCUCCGCUUACUAGCCAGGAGGAUAAAGGAGGACCAUGUCAUACAGCACGGAUUAGUCGUGGAUGGGGCCAGUCUGUCUUUAGCAUUGAGGGAGCACGAGAAACUCUUUAUGGAAGUGUGUAAAAACUGUUCAGCUGUGCUGUGCUGCCGCAUGGCCCCGCUACAGAAAGCUAAGGUGGUUCGUCUUUUCAAAACAUCCCCAGAGAAACCCAUCACCCUAGCUAUUGGGGAUGGAGCCAAUGAUGUCAGCAUGAUACAGGAAGCUCACGUGGGCAUAGGUAUCAUGGGGAAGGAGGGUCGUCAGGCCGUGAGAAACAGUGACUAUGCAAUUGCCAGGUUUAAGUUCCUGGCUAAACUACUGCUGGUCCACGGUCACUUCUACUACAUUCGAAUAGCUACGCUUGUACAGUACUUUUUCUACAAGAAUGUGUGUUUUAUCACGCCCCAGUUUUUAUACCAGUUCUUCUGUCUGUUUUCACAACAAACUCUGUAUGACAGUGUUUAUCUGACACUGUACAACAUCUGCUUCACCUCGCUGCCCAUCCUGGUGUACAGUCUAUUUGAACAGCUGGUCCAUCCACACGUACUGCAGAAUAAACCUGGCCUGUACAGGGACAUCAGCAAGAACUCUCUGCUAUCUUUCCGGACGUUCCUGUACUGGACUCUUUUGGGCUUCUGUCACGCCUUUGUCUUCUUCUUUGGAUCCUACAUACUGAUGGGAGAAGACACCACACUUAUGGGCAAUGGACAGAUGUUUGGAAACUGGACAUUUGGAACGCUGGUCUUUACUGUCAUGGUCAUCACUGUCACAUUAAAGCUUGCUUUAGAGACUCAUUUCUGGACGUGGAUGAACCAUUUCGUGACGUGGGGUUCGAUUGCCUUCUACUUCAUCUUUUCUCUCUUCUAUGGAGGCAUUAUCUGGCCAUUCCUCCAUACCCAGGACAUGUACUUUGUAUUCGUGCAGCUGUUGUCCAGCGGUUCAGCCUGGUUUGCCAUCAUCAUCAUCAUCGUAACUUGCCUCUUUCCUGAUGUGGUGAAGAAGGUCUUCUACCGACAUCUGCAGCCCACCAGCACACAGAAGAGCCAGUCUCUAUCAACCCCCGAGGCGCAGGCCCUCAGCUGUGUGGAGUCCCUGUGCUGCUACCAACAUGGGCAGAGCGGCUGUUCCCGCCUGGCCUGCCUCCUGGAGCAAAUGACCGGGCAGUGCCAGGCCAGCACCAACAAUUGCCAAGCAUCCAGCCGCAGCAACAGAUCUUGGAGCGACACAGAGAACUUCUACUCCAACGAUCGCAGCAUCCUGACGCUGUCGCCCAUUGAGGCCAACAAUUGCUGACUUCCAGAGCCACUGACUGUAACACACAGAGCUGUGGGGUGGGUGGGGGUGGGGGCUACUACUCUGCCAUGGGUCAUAAUCACACCCCCACCCCUCUGCCAUUUUAGAAACUGUCUUCAAUUUAAAGUCAGCGCCUUCUCAGCUGGAUGCAAAGGAGACACAGAUGGGAGCUGUCGCAUUAUGUGAAACCAAAGGACUCGACUCAGCAGCUGGCUGCUUUAUCCUUCACCAAUUUGUUUCCCCGAGUGAAUCGAUUCUUAGUAGAAGGGUUGAAGGACGUCAUAUGGGAGCUCUGACAUGGAAGGAAAUGAAAUAUGAAGUAUGGAGCAAGUCAGCAUGGCAUGAAGCGGACAUCUGUGGAGCUACUCCUGUAAAAAGACACUGGUGACAUCUGAGCAGCUAAAACAACAUCAGACUCCUGCUGCUUACAGGGAGUCUCUGAAAACAUCAUACUUAAAUUCAGUAGCUUUUUAAAAGGUUAAUGAAGACAUGUCAGCCCCAGGUACAUGAACUCUCAUGCAGCUAUUAUCAUUUCAGUACAGUUUCCAAACUUCUAUUUUCUUGCAACUGACAUAAGAAUGACCUUGUACUGUAAGUCUAACACAUUUGUUGACACAGAAUGGAGAUUCCUGACAAUCUGGACUAUUUGCUGCAGAAAAAUAGAUAAUUACAAGCAUCAGUCUUGCUCAAAGCAUUGCAGCGUGAGGACAGUAAUCGAAGGAGCUGGUUUGGACAUGCUGACUAACCUCAACACAGGACUGAUGUGGCUUGAAGACUCCAGCUACCAGGAUCAUCCAUGUAGCACUAGGACAGAAGCUCCGCAAAGUCUGACUACAUUAAGGGUUAAUCUUAAGGUGUAGAUUUGGAGCGAAGGUCCAACAUCAUGUUGCUUCCAUAAACUGCUACAUAAACUUCCUCUUUGGCCGUGCUGCACCUUUCAUUCAGACGGAAAGGGAGAAGGCUAGACCACCCUGUAGCUUUCAGAACCUUGCUGAUUCUGUUACUGUCUACACUUGUUUCCUUUGGACCUACAGCACUCCCUUGAUAUUGUACACGCAGAUUCAUCUCUACUGUGGAACCAAAGACCAAAGGAGUCAGACGGGAAAAGAUAGUGUUUAUUUUUGUGCCUAAUUGUACAGAAGCUUAUAUUGUUAAGAAGACUAUUAUUAUUGUUUGUGCUGCUUUCUAGUCUGACUGUUCAGGCCUCUGUCCCCCCAGGUGCAUUGUUCUGAAGGAGGCCAGAUUGGGUCUGUGUAAAAAGCCAUACAUUUUAAAGAGGUUAUAUUAUUGAUAGAUUAUUGAAGAUACUGCAGAUAGAAGCUGUUUGAGCCUGUUUCCCUUGAAUGCCUUUUCUCUAUCAGCCUGGUUAGCAAAGACAUCUUAGCAUUGAAGACCAAUAAUGCUCAGGAAAUAUUUUAAAGAAAGGUUUUUAUAACUGGAGGUAGAACCAUCCCUCUGUGUUGUCUAAAAAUAUUUCCUGAGUAUCGGAUCAGAUAAUGGUACCAUUUAUUUCAGUGAGACAAAAAAAAAUGGCUUUAAUGGCGAGAUGCUAUUCCAAAUCACGGCUGACACACGUCGACCCAGACAGCAGAAUGUCUCGACCUUUAGAGAUGGAUAUAUCCAAUAAAUAUAAUUCAGCUUCAGUAGAGAUGAAAAGAAAAGCUUUGCACAUGUCACAUAUCGAAAUCACAUUUAGUUUAUUAUUUUUUUGUUUCAAAUCAUUGCUCGUCUCUCACCAUUCAAAUCAUCUGAAUCAUAUUUUUGCUGUUACGCUGUGAUGUGUGUUUCUAUCCACACGUUGAAGGGUGUGUGUGUGUGUUCUUGGAUGGCAGCAGUGUUGGUUGAAGUACAGUAUGUAGCCGAUUUGUAAGCUCUGUACUAUCUCCGUGGCCAUGCGCUGCCCGCAGUUCAAAGGUCAAAUGUUUCUCUUUGAUGCUCGGUUUGAUCUCAUCUUCUAAAAAAAGUGAAAUGAAGAAAAGUUUGAACCUUAUUUUUUUUUUGUGAGAAUUCAGUUGACUGUAGAAGGUGACUUACAGCUGAGAGAAGUGUAAUGUAGAAAGACAACCGUUUUAAACUUGACAUCAACAACCACACAACAAUGACCAGUACAUGCCUCAGCUCACACAGGGAACACACAGAGUCAUAGGAUGUUUGUUACUGUUUAAAGACGUUAAGGUGUUUCUCAGCAGCUCAAAAUUGGUCAGUAAUGUUUUUUUGUCAGUCAGUUGAUUGAAUAUUCUAUUUUCUGUAUGGUACACAUUGUUUAAUGCAUACCUGGGCCUGUUAUAACCUUUGUUCACGCAGGUGACAAUGAAAAUGUGUAUUUAUUAUUGCAGUACUUUUUUUCUGUUUGUGUUUAACUUUUCUUGCAUAUCAAUAUAAACAUGUGUGUGUACAUGGCCUGAAUGCAGCAACUUCCCAAGAUGUUUUGCUUGGUCUUAGACCUGUAAUCAGGAGGCUGAACCUCCUUCGAAUCUCUUUUCUUUUUUUUGUCGACCGGAAAGGUGAUGUGCAGCUGGGAGCCGUCAGCUGCAAGCCUGAAUGUUAGUUUGUUACAGGACACGUGGAAACUUCCAGAUCACUCCAUCCAACAACCCAACUGUUGUUUUUAACCAUUUGAGCUCAUAUCUGCUAUUAAAAUGUCUACCUGCAUACACCUAUGAUACCUGUAAUUUGUACCUGAUUAGGAAAAAUGCAUACACAUAAAAAGGUCAGUUUCAAAUCCUGUGAAAACUCUUGUAUGUCUACUGUAGCUCUGAAGGGAGCUGAAAAAAUCAACCUUGAUGUCAACUUGAGUUAGGCUCGAGAAUUCAGAAAAUUGAUGGAAAACCUUCGUCAUAAACUCGGGGCAUGGAGUUCGAAAGAUGACAGGUGUGUUGCAUAGUGGGAACUGUAGGAUCCAGUGAUUUUGGAGCUAGACUCUUACAAGGGGCUUUGGUGUCUGCUGCAUUCAUUUUGACUAUUCUUUUUUUAAUUGUAACUUCAUGGAAAUGCAGUACUAAAUCAGAGAGUACCCCUUUUAAUACCUUAAAAUAAAGGUUAAAUUUGAUGCAGCAGAGGUAAAGAUAUCUAAACAGCCUGCCGCUUUUGUAAGGCCCUCCCUGCCUGGUAAAUGCCAAAGUCAUUGCAACUACAUACAAGAAUAAUACAAGAAAAUGUGAAGGCUCAAGUCUGAUGACUUGACUUCAAACUCUCCUCCAGAGCCACAGACAAGCUGUUCACCUGUUUUCACAGUAGUACUUUGUGUUUGUUUCCAAUAUUGAUAAAUAUGUUACAGCAAAUAGAUGCAAAAUGUUGUGAAAAGAUAAUAGUCAUAAUGACAGAUUGUGAUUCCACAGAAGGUCAGUAGAUGACAAUAUUGAAUCAUCAACCAGCCCUAAAGAUGUGAUGCUCUUCUCUUGAAAUCAGUAAUAAACUCAGGAGGAUUUGCAGGCAUUAGUACCAUGACCCUGCUGAGUUAUUACAUGAUAUAAAAUGCAGAGGAGGGAAGACGAAUACUUCCUGGCUAAAGGUAAAUAAGGUGGAGCCAUGCAGAAACACCUGCAGUGUUAGUGCAGUGCUCAUCUACGGAGACCCAAAGUGUUCACAACUAAAUAAAUGACAUGACCUCAAUAAUAAUUAAUACAAACAAUAUAUAGGUGUGUCCUAUAUACCAGGGACAUACAAAUAAGCAACAAGUAGUUGUUAAAUGAUAAACAAUCCUAACAGUAAAAAAAAAAAAAGAAUUGCUACAAGACAAAUAAAUGAAAAAAAAAAAGAUUUACAGUAGUAUUUCACAAUUUCUUGAUGAUAAAUGUAUUAUUUUGAACACUUUUGGUCACUAUAUUCACCUUCAACAAAAAGCACCAUCCAGUCAGUUUUGAGUCAUAGUUGGUGGACAACAGAUAAAUGAGGUUAAGUAAUUGCAUUUAUCAUUCAAGUCAUAUCUUUACUGUUAGUGCAGAAAACCGAUGCUUUAUUUUUUUUAAGCUCAGAUGUGAUUUUAGUAACAACCACCAAGACCUGAUUCUCUAAAGUAUCACAGCACCGACGUCAAGCUUCAUUAACAGAGAAACAGGGUUUAUAUACGAGGCCUCUGGGGUAUUUCUAGAAGCAGGAGAUUACUUGGCCAUGUAAUUUAAAAAAGUAAUUAAAUAUUUUAUAAAAUAAUCUGAUGUGCCAUCCCUUAUAAAAGACACCAAAAGCUGGGAAACUCUGUCUACAGGUGGGUUUUAAACCAAGUACUGCUGCUUCUGGAAAUAUUGGCCACAUACUGAAUAUGAGCAUCAGCAGUACAAUUAUCAGUGACUAGACGUACUGUAUGACAUUUGUCUUGAAGAGGUUAAGAAGUUUAAGACAAUGUUUUUAACUGAAAAACCUGCGUGAAUGCUUACAGAUGACAUCAGUGCAGAGACGCUUCUGGAAAACUCAGCCAAGGUUUGCAGACUUGAAUCAAAUUAAGGUUUCCUUUAUCAAAUCAGCUAAAAAGGGGAAUCUAAAUUAAAAUGUCAACCGAUUGGUUUUCUGCCGCAGAGUGUCCUGUGACUCAGCAUGAGCCAGGAUGACACGAGGCUGCAGUGCUGAAUGGUUUGUUGAAAUCAUUUAUAUUCUCUCCUCAUCAGUAAAUCAUGCUGCACCAGGCAAUUAAUAAACCACCAUCAUCAUCACUACACUGUUCCCUGAUAUCUGUUGCCCUGUCUGUCCGCCCUCCUCCUCCGGUCUGUAAAUCUGUCUUUUAGCUGAUGUUUAUGAAGAUGCUGUUCUAUUUACAAAAUAAAUACAUUUUUUAAAAAUG